CGCCCGCUUAUCCGAACCGCUCGCUGCUGGCUCCUCCGCGCGCGUGUUCGCGCCAUGGCCACGCUUCCUAUGGCGUCCCCCGCCGCCGCCAUCCCCUCCUCCGCCACCCGCCCCGUCGCCUCCCCUUCUUCGCGUUCUCACCGCCCCCUCACCCGCUUCUUCUCCGUCGCGCCGGCGCCGGUCGGGGCGAAAGGGCUCCGAGCGGCGGCCUCCGCCGUUGAGGUGGGCGGCGUAAAGAUCGCGCGCGAGGAUGUUGUGAAAGAAGAUGACCCAACAAACAACGUGCCAGACACUAUCUUUGCGAAGAUUGGCCUGCAGCUGCACAGGAGGGAGAACCAUCCCCUUGGGAUUCUGAAGAACACAAUUUAUGAUUACUUUGACAAGAACUUCACUGGACAGUUUGACAAGUUUGAUGACCUUUGCCCCCUUGUUUCUGUCAAGCAGAAUUUUGAUGAUGUCUUGGUCCCUUCUGACCAUGUAAGCCGGAGUUACAAUGACACAUAUUAUGUUGAUGAUCAAACAGUCUUAAGGUGUCAUACCAGUGCUCAUCAAGCUGAGCUGCUAAGGGAUGGACGUACACACUUUCUUGUAACUGGAGAUGUUUACCGUAGGGAUUCCAUUGAUUCAACUCACUAUCCUGUCUUCCAUCAGAUGGAAGGGUUCCGUGUGUUCUCUCCUGAUGAAUGGUCAGGUUCUGGCUUGGAUGGGACAGCAUAUGCAGCUGCAGAACUCAAGAAAACACUGGAAGGAUUGGCAAGACAUCUAUUUGGUGCUGUAGAGAUGCGAUGGGUUGACACAUACUUCCCAUUUACCAACCCAUCCUUUGAGCUCGAAAUAUAUUUUCAGGAUGAUUGGUUAGAGGUUUUGGGCUGUGGAGUUACCGAGCAGGAAAUUUUGAAAAGAAAUGGCAGGAGAGAUCAUGUGGCAUGGGCCUUUGGAUUGGGAUUGGAGCGUCUUGCGAUGGUCCUUUUCGACAUUCCAGAUAUUCGACUAUUCUGGUCGAAUGAUAAACGGUUCACGUCCCAGUUCUCAGAAGGCAAGCUUGGUGUCAAGUUCAAGCCAUUUUCAAAGUUUCCUCCUUGUUACAAAGAUAUGAGUUUCUGGAUCAAUGGUGCAUUUACAGAAAACAACUUAUGUGAGGUUGUCAGAGGAAUAGCCGGGGAUCUUGUUGAGGAGGUAAAACUUAUUGAUAAUUUCACCAACAAGAAAGGCAUGACAAGUCAUUGCUACAGAAUAGCAUAUAGGUCAAUGGAACGUUCGCUCACAGACGAGGAGAUUAACAAUCUUCAGUUGAAUGUCAGGGAAGCUGUGAAAGAUAAAUUGAAAGUAGAGUUGAGAUAGCAGCAGCUAAUUAUGCUGUCAUAGCAUGGACUAAAUUUUGCCUGUCUUUAUGUAAAUCAAUUAAAAAGGAUUUUUUAUCUAUCGAGAAAAUGCGCCAUUUGUUCCUGGCAUUGAUCACGUUCUCUUCUGUUUAGGGAAGAGAAAAGGUCCCUGUUCCAUUUGGGAAUCAUAUCUUGUAAUUCAUAAGGCUUUGUUUGGUUGCACAGGGAUCAAAGGAGAUUGAGGAGGAUUAAAUCCCUCUCUAUUCAAUUUUGACUAGGUAGAGAUUUAAUCCCCUCUAACCUCCUUUUAAUCCCCUUGUAACCGAACAAGCCCUAAGAUGAUGAGCUGUACACUUCUCACUAUUUUGGAGGACAUGUGGUUUGGGAAUUCAUGUUUGGCCUUUCAAUUCAAUUUUGGCCGUUGUACAUU